CAUCAUCCUUGUCAACAUAUAUCUUUCCAUCCUAGUUACUUAGAUAACACAUUUACUAUUUACAAUCGUCAUGCCAUAUCCGUGAUUUCACCAAUCACCCACCAAGGACAGAGAGCGAGGCUGGACCCAAUCGAUUUUCAGAGCAUUGAGUAACAAAGCUAUUGAUUUUCUAACCCUCAACUCUCCUUCCCACCUCGUCGCCAGGAUUGUGCCAUAUCACAACAUUCAUACCAUUCAUCCACCCUCAUCUAACCAACCCAACAAACCACCCAUCCACCCAUCCACCCAUCCACCUAAUCAUGGACCCAACCCCACCCCUCUCACGAAGUAGGUACCAACGGCAACUCCUCGUCCCCUCCCUCGGCGGCCUAUCCGGCCAAACCAACCUUCUCUCGUCCCGCGUCCUAAUCAUCGGCCUCGGAGGCCUCGGCUGUCCCGCCGCAUUAUACCUCAGCGGCGCUGGAGUCGGCACCUUGGGUCUCAUGGACGGCGACACCGUCGAACUCAGCAACCUACACCGGCAAAUCGGCCAUUGCGAAGCCAGUGCCCUGAACCACCGAUCCAAGGUAUCUAGUCUCCUCGAUCGAUGUCGAGAAUCGAAUUCUGAAAUCACUUAUAUCCCUCAUGAAAUGCACGCUACAGCCAGCUCAGGUUCAGGUUCGGAUUCGUUGAUGAAGGUAUUGAGAGAAUAUCGAUAUGAUGUUGUGUUGGAUUGUACGGAUAAUCCGGCCACCAGGUAUUUGAUUAGUGAUUGUUGUACGGUUUUGGGAUUGGUGUUGGUGAGUGGGGCGGCACAGAGGGGGGAGGGCCAGUUGGUGGUUUUGAAUGAUCCUCCUUUGAAGAUGGAGGGAGGAGGAGUAGGGGGAAGAGAAAGGGAAAAGGGUCCUUGUUAUCGAUGUGUUUUUCCCCGUCCGCCGCCUCCGGAGAUGGUGCGUGGAUGUGGAGAGAUUGGGAUUCUAGGUCAUGUGGUUGGGACAAUUGGGAUUUUGAUGGCCGGUGAGGUGGUUAAGAUUAUUAGUCAGGGACGACAUCUUCCGCGACGGACAGAGACACAGACACAGACACCGACACCGACACGAGAGGAUCUUGAUUUGACAUCAACAUCGACAUCGACAUCCAUCGUUAAUGGCGUGAACCCAUCCUUGAAACUCGCCAUAAACACGACCUCCAAACCAUCCUCCCCAUCUCAACCUCACACAAUGCUCCUCUACAACACCUUCGCCAGCGACCCACGCCAACAAUUCCGCACCAUCACGUUACGCGGCCGACGGAAAGACUGUCCUGCCUGUGGAGACGACGAAGUCCUUACAUCCAAGGGAAUCACACGUGUUACAGCCGAAACUAUCGAGCAAGGUCGACUUGAUUACGUGGCAUUCUGUGGCGGUGUGGAGCAGGAAGUCAGGGUGUUGAAGGAUGAGAAUCGCAUUGAUGCGAGGAUGUUUCUUGAUUUGAUGAGUCGAGAGACAGAGAAAAGGGAGGAAAAGGAGGAGGAGAAAGAGGUUCUAGUGAUCGACGUGCGAGAAAAACACGAGGUGGAAUUAGGUGCCAAACUUCGCGGAAGUGUUAAUUUGCCGAUGUCGAAAAUCUUGAGGUUUGACGGUGAAAAGGUCUUUGAGCAAUUUGAGAGGGAGGUGAUUGAAAGGAGGAGGAUGAAGGGGAGAGAAAUGGAGAGGAAGGGGAAGAAGAGUCAUGAUGAGAUUGAUAUCCAGGAUAUCACGACCGAGGAAAUCUCAGGAGAUUAUGUCGACAACGAUACCAACAAUCCCCCCGGACCAGCUCUUUAUUUUGUCUGUCAUCGUGGAAAUGACAGUCAAAUUGCAGCAGACAAAUUCCUACAACAUGUCCAAAGCACGAGACAACAAGAGCCUUCCAGUUCUAAUCCUGACACUGACCAACCCAAUCUGAACCAAGUUGAUUGGAGUUGGAUAGGUGAUGUCAAGGGAGGAUUCACAGCUAUGGAGAAACUCGAGUUCAACAACGACAUUUGAUGGAAUCCUCAUGAUAUCUAUCCAGUAUAUUAUGUCUGGACUAGUCGAUUGAAGGGAAAUCGUAAACCUAAUGUCAUUUCCCAUCAUUUCCCUUCAUUAAUUCAUUGAUUCCUUGCGCCCCUAGACAAGUCUCCAUCCAUGUCUAUGGCAACCCCUAUAGCGACCGAAAAGAAUCAAUAAUGUCAUCAAUCAUCGUCUACUCUUUGGCUGAAAUCAAUCUUGCGACAGCGACAACCCCAAUCACCUUCUGUCUCUACUCGAUGGUAAUGGGGAAUCUAUUCUUGGCGGACUCCUUGACUUUCUGCCAGGAUGAGGAGAUUGGCUGUGCCUGCGAGACACUUGAAUCAGCAUCGACAUGUUAGUGGAAAUGGGGUCAUGACGACUUGACCUACGAUCUUCUUCGUUCGCCUUCUCUCCGAAAUUCGUCAAUCAGUCUCAACAUUUCUUUGCGACCUGCCGCUGCAUCCACCAUCCUUCCUCCUAGGCUCAUGCUGACUUUGGCAUCAGUUCGGACCAUGAGUAACCUUUUCAAGAGGAGAUGGCGCAUGUUCAGACAGACAAAGACUCCACAAUCUGAACCAUUGUCUUGUUGUGGACUAUCGUUGAGGUGAAUGAAACGCAAGGGUCGAUUGAUGACCUUUGAGAGUUUUUGAGUGGCAAGAUAAGCCUCUUGGGCGUUGCUCUGAUGCAUCGAAUCGUAAUGAAAGGAGACGCCGUCGACAAUGGAAACGAGGAGGAGAGACCAGUGGGAACCACCUUCGGCAGUCGAAACAGAGCUCUCGUCAUUGAUGGGAAGGAAAACGUGAGAAACGCCCUUGAAAUCUGGAAGGGCAUCCUAGAUAUCAAGAAUCAGAAGGAGUUGAGGCGGGGGUGAGCACUGGCGAGGCUGUAGGUGACAAACCUUGAUUGAAGAAUCAUCUCUGGCUCUCAUAAGCAUGAAUGUCACCGAAGGGCGCAGUAGGAUGAUAUUUGUGGCCUUGUAGUUCUUGAGGUACUCCCUCUCGAGAUAUCUAUGGAUGCGCCGGGAGUCAGAUGAAUGGGCUUGCUUGAUGGCCAGGAGAGUUUGGAGGCAUCCUACUCUUGCCAGAAUGCAAUGACCUGAACGUUGUCAGUUUAGGUUCGGAUCUUCUUAACAAAGGGGAACCAACAUUAUCUGUAAGCCAAUCAUUCUUGAGGACCGAGACAUCUUCUCUGGUGACUGAGGUGAGGGUCAGUGGAAUUCGCAAAGAGGAUUGCACAGGGAGUACUGACGUCGAACUUCGUAGUCUGUAGAGAACAUGAGAGUGAGUAAGUGGCGAC